CGGACAGCUGCUUGGAGAGGAAGAAGAAUGUCGAGGCCUGACAUGUCCUAUACUUCUACCUUGUUCACUUCGACUUCUUCAUACGCUACCACCACCACCACCACCACCUCCACCACUCCUGCUUGUCGUACCACCGCUGCUGGAGAGAGGGUGGAGUAGCGGAGUUUGAUAUCCUAAGACACGCGCCCCCACUCACGCUACCAAGUCUGGAGGUAUAUCGAGUGAGCGAGGCAGCAGUAGUCAGCAGUGCAACCGUCGACUGCACGCACUGUCGAACAUGGUGACCAGGAAACCCGUGGGCCCGAGAGUCGACACUGCGACUGCGACUGCUCCGAAUGGCUCAGCGCCUUACCCGACGACUCCGACCAAGAACGAAGACGUGUACAGCAAUGACCUGAGCACUUCCCCGGCCUUCAACCUCAUUGACAUGAAUGCGGCGCGCGAGAAGAGGCGGCGAGACUCAGACGUCAGUUCGCAUGGCACAUGGGACUCGGACGAUACCGACAGAGACCGAGAGUCGCCCGAAGGCUUCGUCGAGGUGCCCCAGCCGCUGAAUGUCACACCGGGCAAGCAGGACAGUAAGAAGCAUGGGAGGAAUGAGAGCGAACUUCCUUCAAUAUUGCGCCCUGGGCCUGUGAAUGGCGCUGUUGGAGGGAAGAAUGAAGACCGCAGAAAUGAGGACGAGAAGUCGAACAAUCCCUACCACAAACAGAAUGGACUGGUCAACAACAACGAUUCGCAGAAGAGCACGGAAUCCAGCCAGCCAAUAUGGGAACAACCACGACAUGCUGCUCCGCCGCUCCCUUCUCAAGCACCUCCCCCUCCGCCUGUUGAGCUCCCUACGCUGACCACCCCCGCUGAAGAGCUGGCCCACCUCUCGCUUGGCGACAAGCCUGUCGUACAAUCGGAGACCACGCUGCCUGUCACCAACCCUUGGGCCGAGGGCAAAACACCUUCGCCUCCACCUCCCCCUAAGGAAGCACUGCCGGCUGUGUCGACUGAACAUGGCAACAUUCCUAUCGCUCUGCCAAGCCCCAAAUCGCCAGGCUACUUUCCUACGCCAUCUGCGCACCCUGAAGGGAGCUCGCAGCCCCCUCAGUACGCACCUCCGCCUGGACCGCCUCCCUCAGCUUCAGGACCCUUGAUCGAUCAUGCGGAACCUCCAGCUUCACGACCUCUACCUUCGAUAUCGGUCGACAGACCAAUUGCCUCCUCUUCGUCCGCGCCACACACUGUGCCCGAAACCCCUCGGACUCAGGAAAGGAAGAGGAACGAGCACUAUCAGAUUAAGCACAUUAAUUGGCAAGAUAGGGAGAAAAUGCGAUCAUCACCCAUCUUGACGCAGAAUGAGAAUGGUCCAUGUCCACUGCUCGCUCUAGUCAAUGCACUAUCACUGUCAACGCCUCUCGACAUGGACACUCCUUUGGUCGAGACAUUAAGAACCCGCGAACAAGUGUCCCUGGGCCUGUUGCUAGAUGCCGUCUUUGACGAGCUGAUGUCAGGUCGGCGUGGCGAUACUGCGCAUAAUCUACCCGACGUUAGUGAGCUAUACGCCUUCCUACUGGCCCUGCACACCGGCAUGAACGUCAAUCCACGCUUCAUCACCCCCGCACAAACUCCCAGAGGCUCCUACGAUGGCCAUCCUCAAGCCAUGAAUGGCGUUCAUCCAUUGGAUAGAGCGCAAAGUAAGCCGGGUAGCUUCGAGGAGACCAGGGAGAUGCGCUUGUACUCGACCUUUAAUAUCCCGCUGAUUCAUGGCUGGACAGCGCCAAAAGACACUCCAGACUAUGCGGCAUUUGAGAGAAGUGCAAAGACUUAUGAGGAUGCCCAAAACAUACAAUUCGCUGAAGCAGAACUCAAGCACAAGCAGCAGAGCAGCGAAGGGCUGAGCACUCAGGAGCAGGAAAUGCUGCAGGACAUCACUACAAUCAAUGGCUUUCUCAGCAAUUGGCCGACGCAACUGACCGACCAUGGGUUAGAGUCCAUCUCACAAAGUCUACACUCGGGUCAAAUAGCCAUUCUGUUCCGGAACGACCAUUUCAGCACGUUGUACAAGGAGCCGCGACAUGGCGCAUUGAUGACGCUGGUGACUGACCAAGGCUACGGCUCUCACGCAGAGAUUGUUUGGGAAAGCCUGGUCGACGUUAACGGUGCUGCGUCGGAAUACUUCAGUGGAGACUUCCGCAGUGUCAGCCAUGGUGCGAGCAGCAACCUCAAUCAGGGCAAUUCUGGCGGCGGCAACGAAGGGUGGGAGACGGCGCAAAGCAGAAACAGGUAUCACAGACCUCAAGCUCAAGCUACAGACACUGAAGUUCCUCCGCCGCUACCCGGUCCUAGACCGGCCUCGAGCGUUUCCACGCAAGCGCACACGGAAGAUAGCUUAGACGUCACGAGUCAGACACUGCGCACAGCAUCAGAGCAAGAAGAUCACGAUCUAGCGCUUGCUCUUCAGCUGCAGGAGGAAGAAGAGGACCAGCAACGUCAAGACGAGGAACGACGAAGGAGAGAACGUGAACUCUCCGAACGAUAUCUAUCAUCCGAAACCAACGAGCGACCCCCACAAAUUCCACCUCGCCGCAACAACGCUCACACAUCACCACAAAGUAGCAGCGGUAACAUACCCGUCGGGGCAACUUCCUCCCGCCCUCAGGGUCGACCGGCUGUCAAUCGACCAACAGAUAGUACUGAUGAUCCCGAUGCACCCCCUACAUAUGAGCAGUCUUCCCACGAUCGUCCCUACCGACCCGCCGGUGCAACGGCGCAAAGUGCACAGGGUAAUCCCCUGCAAACGCUGGAUCAACUGCAACGGCAAAGUGCAUAUGCUCAACAGAGUCCGAUGGGCGCCAAUGGCACACCGGGUUCAUAUCCACGCAGGGACAGUGGGCGGAGAAGGAGGAGAAGCCAGGCUCAUCAAGGUCAAACCCCGCCUUAUUCACCUCAGCUGCCAGAAAGAGUGCCGAAUGCGGCUACCGUCAAGGACGCCGAUGAGAGGUGUGUUGUUAUGUAGGAUAACUUUUGCACUAUCUCUUGAUGUUUUUUUUUUCUUUUCUCUUUUCCCCCCUCUUUUUGGAACUUGAGGAGGGGAAUAAGAUUGGUAUAGUGAAUACAAGGAUGUGUUUUGUGUCCUUUUGCUGUAAAAAAAGGAAUUGGAAGUGGCAUCUUGGAUUGACAUGAGGGUGGUUCCAGGGGAGUGGGGACAUUAUGAGAAACACACCGACCGAUGCAAGCAAGAUUCGAAGGGAAGAAGGAAGAAAUUUGGUUCUAUUCGAAAGGUCAGGAUACCUAGGUAAUUAA